AUGCGCUCAAGAGGACCAUCUCAGAUAUGGUCGGAUAACGCUACCAACUUUGUCGGCACCAAGAACGAGCUUCUGGAACUCAAGCGUCUUUACAUCAGUCACAAUCAUAUUGACUCAGUGCACAAGUUUUGCAUGGCUGACUCCAUUGAUUGGAAGUUUAUUCCCCCUCGUUCGCAGCAUUUUGGCGGCAUUUGGGAAGCAGCAGUGAAGACAGCGAAGCAUCAUUUUUGUCGUGCUAUCGGCUCUUGCGUUCUUAACUUCGAAGAACUUCGCACCCUAGUCUGCCACAUAGCAUCGAUAAUUAACACCAGGCCAUUGUUGCCUCUUUCAGAAGAUCCAGCAGACCUAGAUGUGCUCACUCCAGCUCAUUUCUUGAUUGGUGGACCCAGCUCAUCGUUUGUUGAGCCUGAUGUUACGCACCUUCAAUUCAAUCGUCUGGAUGGCUGGCAACGCGUAGCACACCUCCAACAACUGUUUUGGUCCCGCUGGCGUGAAGAAUAUUUAACGCUGCUUCAGAAGCGCUCCAAAUGGCGUACUCCAAAACCAGGCCUAUGUGUCAACGACCUAGUCCUCGUAAACGAUGAAAAUCUGCCGCCUCUCAGGUGGCAACUGGCGAUGAUCACGGAGUUAAUCGUGGGAAAUGAUGGAGUCGCUCGCGUAGCCAUCUUGCGCACCGCAACAGGAGAGAUAAGCAGAGCUGCAAACAAGCUGUGCCUACUGCCCAUCAAGGACUCAGUUGAAAGCCCAUGCCUUUCAACGGGGGGAGAAUGUCUGGCUACGCAGCUAAAACAGAAGGAGCGACCACGCCACUGA